AUGGCUCCUCCCGAAAGCACUCACUUCGAGACUCUCCAGCUGCACGCGGGGCAGGAACCAGAUCCUGCUACCAAUGCUCGAGCUGUACCAAUUUAUGCUACCACCAGCUUUACUUUCAAUGACUCGGCCCACGGCGCAAGACUCUUUGGCCUUAAGGAGUUUGGAAAUAUCUACAGUCGAAUUAUGAACCCUACAGUUGAUGUCUUUGAGAAACGAAUCGCGGCAUUGGAAGGAGGAGUGGCAGCUGUGGCAGCAAGUUCAGGACAAGCUGCUCAGUUCAUGGCAAUCGCUGCGAUCGCCCAAAGUGGAGACAACAUUGUUUCCACAUCAAACUUGUAUGGAGGAACCUACAACCAAUUGAAGGUGUUCCUGCCACGACUAGGCAUAACCACUAAAUUCAUUGAUGGAGACAAUCCGGAGGAUUUCGCCAAAGCGAUUGACGACAAAACAAGAGCCAUUUACAUCGAGUCCAUCGGCAAUCCGAAAUACAACAUUCCAGAUUUUGAAGCUAUUGCGAAGGUUGCUCACGAUAAUGGAGUUCCUUUAAUCGUUGACAACACCUUCGGAGCUGGUGGCUACUUUGUUCGUCCAAUUGAUCACGGUGCAGAUAUCGUCGUUCACUCUGCUACAAAAUGGAUUGGUGGUCACGGCACAACCAUUGGGGGCAUUGUCGUUGAUUCGGGAAAGUUUGAUUGGGGUAAGAAUGCAAAGCGAUUUCCCGCAAUGGUGGAGCCAUCUCCAGGAUACCACGGACUGAAGUUCUGGGAAACCUUUGGUGCUAUCACUUUUGCUAUUAGAGUUCGAGUUGAAAUUCUCCGCGAUGUGGGCAGCUCAUUGAAUCCAUUUGCAGCUUUUCAGCUAAUCCAAGGAAUUGAAACACUUUCACUGCGCGCAGAGCGUCACGCAACCAAUUCGUUGGCUCUUGCGAAAUGGCUGGAGAGCAAUAGCCACGUUGCCUGGGUGUCGUAUCCUGGAUUAGAGAGUCACAAAUCGCACGAGCUUGCCAAAAAGUAUCUACCAAGAGGAUUUGGUGGCGUUCUUAGUUUCGGCGUCAAAGGAGGUGGAGAAGCUGGAAGUCAAGUUGUUGAUGGCUUCAAGUUAAUAUCCAAUUUAGCGAAUGUCGGUGAUUCGAAGACCCUCGCCAUCCAUCCAUGGUCAACCACCCAUGAACAACUAUCUGACGAUGAAAAACUAGCGUCAGGUGUAACAGAAGAUCUCAUUCGUAUCUCCGUUGGGACAGAGCACAUCGACGAUAUUAUUGGUGAUUUUGAGCAAUCUUUUUCAGCUGCCGCCGCUGCCAAAACAUCUGGCGGUAAGGAGGAAAACGCCACCAAAACGGGCACGGCGGAUACUGACGCCAAAUUGGUUGUCUAG